UUCUGCUUCAUAUCUCAUACCCCUUUUUCCUGCUCAAUCUCCCCUGACCCCAACACACCACCAUACACACUUUAUGUUCAUACCUUUAUUCUUGCUGCCUUUAUUUUUGCUGUUCCCUUGGUCUGUAAUAAUCAGCCUCCUUUUAUUUUCAGUGUGUUUACCUUGAGACAAUUUAAAUAUCGCUUUUGCUGUGAAACCUCUGGGCACUUUUCUUCCCUUGUCUUCUAUUCCCUGAACAGAAUUAGCUUGUUUGAUCUUUCUGCUUGUAUAGCUCCUUGUUCAUACCCCUAGCUUGACACAGUUUUCUGGUUGCUUAUUGAUAUAUUUUCCUGCCUUUCUAGACUAUGAGUUCCUGGAGGGCAGGAAUCACAUGUACCUUUGUAGGUCCAGCACUUAAUGGAACACCUUUUUAAGACUAGGACCUAAUAUUUUAUAAAUUGAAUAAACAACUCACUUUAGCCUUGUCAUCAGUGGGGUCAAAGGCAAAUUAUUGGGCCACUGCAGACUUUAAUCAGGGGAUCCUAAUGAAGAGCUUUGUGUAUAUGGAAUCCAGGAAGCCUUUCUUCUAUGCUGAAGUUCUCUCUCAGGACCUUCCUAAUCCCCCAGCUCUCAAAUCCUUACCCCUUCUCUCACCACCUCAACUUUAAACUCUGACUGCCAGUUCCUGUAAACCUGACUGGAACGUUUCUGUCUUGAGAGUAGUUAUCCAAGGCUUUGGGUGAGGAGACUCUGCCUUCCUGCCUGAUCCUUACCUUGCUCUCCUCUGGAGGAGAGUCUCCUAAGACACUCCUGACACAAGAAACUAUUUUACCUUCAACUCCUCCCCUCAGUCCCAGACUUACUGAUCUGGGAGCUGGUGAAGGAAGAUAGUUGUAACUAAGUACAACAUUCCACCUCACUGGACUCCCAGAAGGACCCAGGAGGGGAUGGGCAGCUAUCCAGCAGCCUCUAAGCCCUGGUCAUUCCUCUAGCUGCUGCUUCACACUACUGGAGCUUUCACCCUCUCAUGCAGCCUCCCCGGGAGAAAGGCUCCAGAAUCAAAGAGUACUCAGGCCCUCAGCCCUGAUCUAAGCCAGACCAUCCCCAGAAAGGGUUUCCAGGCAGCCACCAGGGGAACAGAAGGUUAGGAAAACGGAACCAGUCUCCUCUGGCUCUAAUUCUUAUGGGAGGUAGCUGCUCUGUAGUUUCCCUUAUUCUGAUCAGUAAUCUGGUGGAGUUGGACACCUCCUGUCUCUCGACUGCAGCACAAGCUAUAGACCUCUCUCCUUACAUCUCCAUGCUGACAUUCCCUCUACAUACCCUGUGCCCUCUCUCCACAUUUUACAGUUUGUGCAGCUUAAUAGAUAUUGGAGAUGUACUAUGGAUAUUAGUCAUCAGAGGAUGCCCUUUCUGCCCCCUCACUAUGUCCCCGAGUUUCUCCUAUGUCUGCUGACCUCUGGUGGUGAUAGUUUGAACUGUAUCUUUUUCUAGUUAGUGGCCUGCUCACAGGUAUUGAUGCACAUUUUCUCAAUCUGUAUUUUCUUUCCGGCAUCAUGGCAUAAGUGCAAAGAACAGGGCCUGGGCUUUAGAGUCAGACUUAACAAGGUCCAAAUCCUAGCUGUGCUAUUUCCUAGCAGAGUGACCUUGGGCAAGUUACCUAAAUUCAGCUUUCUUACCUAUAAAGUGAAAAUAAUGAUAACUAGCUCAAUGGGAGAAUUAGAUGAGAUGAUUGUAAAAUUCAGAGCCCUAGCUGUGCCCUAGCACGUAGGUGGUCAAUAAAAGUUUGUUACCUUUUCAAUAAUGGUGAUGUGUUUAGUGUGUGACUCAAUGUGAUUUUUAAAAAAUUUUGAUGACAGGGCUUCCCUGGGGGCACAGUGGUUGAGAGUCCGCCUGCCAAUGCAGGGGACGUGGGUUCGUGCCCCGGUCCGGGAAGAUCCCACAUGCCGUGAAGCGGCUGGGCCCGUGAGCCAUGGCCGCUGAGCCUGCGGGUCCGGAGUCUGUGCUCCACAACGGGAGAGGCCACGACAGUGAGAGGCCCGCGUAUCGCAAAACAAAAAAUUUUGAUGACAUAAAAUUUACCAACAUACCUAUUUUCAAUGUGAUUUUUUAAAAACUCUGAGUAAUUUUAUACAACCGCUUUUCUGACUCUUGAGUUUGGAAAAUGAGGUCAACUCUAGUAUAGGCUGUGAAGCCUCUUUGUGCCCAGGGAACUGCAGAUCUGAGCCCGGAAAAUAAGGGCUAGAAAGGCUCUUGGGCACAGCUGAAUGGGUCUGAGCACUUGACCUCUCUUUGGUUUCCAGCCUGGGAAGGGCUGACAGGAUCCAGCAUUUUGUCCUAGGGUCAGCAAAGGGCAGAGGUUUGAAAUUAGGCAUUGCUGGGUUCUCAGCGGGACCACUAAGGCGCCCUCCUCCCACUUUACAGAGGAAAGAGGAGGUGGCUGAAGAGAGGAAGACGUGAGAUUGGUUCUCUGCUGCUCCCUCUCUCUCCCUGCUUCUCCCCACACCCAUCCUCUCCCCCUCAGCAGCCGUCUCCCCCACAGAGACUGGGAAGAGGGAGGGGGCGGAGUUGGGGACUGAAGGAUCAGAAGCCCCACGGUGCCCGCAUCUGAAGGAAGCUCUGGCCAGGGGCAGCUGUGUUGGCUCAUGCUCCCCACCUCCCACUGCAAGAUGCUGGGGAUUCUGGGGCUUUGGGCACUGCUUCCCACAGCUGUGCAAGCACCCCCAGGCAGGCGGACCUGUGUGUUCUUUGAGGCCCCUGGAGUGCGGGGAAGCACCAAGAAUCUGGGGAAGCUGCUAGAUGCAGGACCAGGGCCCCCCAGGGUUAUCCGCUGCCUCUACAGCCGCUGCUGCUUUGGGAUCUGGAACCUGACCCAAGACCAGGCACAGGUGGAGAUGCAAGGAUGCCGAGACAGUGAUGAGCCAGGCUGUGAGUCCCCCCACUGUGAUCCGAGCCCCCGAGCCCAUCCUAGUCCCAGCUUUACUCUCUUCACCUGCUCCUGUGGCACUGACUUCUGCAAUGCCAAUUACAGCCAUCUGCCUCGUCUGGGGAGCCCUGGGACACCUGGUUCCCAGGGUCCCAAGGCCAUCCCAGGCGAGUCCAUCUGGACGGCACUGGUGCUGCUGGGGCUGCUCCUUCUCCUGCUGCUGCUGAGCAACAUCAUCUUGGCCCUGCUACAACGGAAGGCCUGCCCAGUGCACGGUGGGCCAGAGCCAGGGCCAGAGCCGGAGCCGGAGCCACACUCAGGCAGGGACUGGAGUGCCGAGCUGCCGGAGCUGCCCGAGCUGUGCUUCUCCCAGGUAAUCCGGGAAGGAGGUCACGCAGUGGUGUGGGCUGGGCGGCUGCAAGGCAAGCUGGUAGCCAUCAAGGCCUUCCCCCUGAGGGCUGUGGCCCAGUUCCAAGCUGAGAGAGCAUUGUACGGGCUGCCGGGCCUACGGCAUGACCACAUUGUCCGCUUGAUCACCGCCAGCAGGGGCAGCCCUGGUCCCCUGCCCUGUGGGCCCCUGCUGGUACUGGAACUACACCCCAAGGGUUCCCUGUGCCACUACUUGGCCCAGCACACCAGUGACUGGGGAAGUUCCCUGCGGAUGGCACUGUCCCUGGCUCAGGGCCUGGCGUUUCUCCAUGAGGAACGCUGGCAGGAUGGCCAAUAUAAACCAGGUAUCGCCCACCGGGAUCUGAGCAGCCAGAAUGUGCUCAUUCGGGACGAUGGGUCAUGCGCCAUUGGAGACCUGGGCCUCGCCUUGGUGCUCCCUGGCCUUGCCCAGCCCCCAACCUGGGCUCCUACUCAACCCCGAGGCCCAGCUGCCAUCAUGGAGGCUGGCACCCAGAGGUACAUGGCACCGGAGCUCUUGGACAAGACUCUGGACCUACAGGACUGGGGCACGGCCCUCCGGCGAGCUGAUGUUUACUCUCUGGCUCUGCUCCUGUGGGAGAUCAUGAGCCGCUGCCCAGAUUUGAGACCCGCAGAACACCACCCUUCCAACUGGCCUAUGAGGCAGAACUGGGUAGCACCCCUACCACCUGUGAGCUGUGGACCUUGGCAGUGGAGGAGAGAAGGCGCCCUCACAUCCCAUCCACCUGGUGCUGCUUUGCCACAGUAAGAGGCCACAGGCUGGUGGGCUGGGGACCUGCAGAGUCCUGGCACGGGCUUCAAGGACUUGUCCACCAGGACCAGCCCACCUACUCCUAUCCCCUCUCAUCUCCCACCCUCCUGGCUCAU